UAGCUGUGUCCAAGUGAUAAGCUCACGGCCAGGGGCAAGCAUGACAGAAAAUGUGUUAGCGUUUUGUUUUCUGUAGAUGAUAUGCAUCGAUUCAUGCAGUAUCAAUCUUUAGCAUUGACAUGAUCAGACUUUUACUUUCGUAAGUUUCCAGUUUUUUUUUGAUCUGGCCGACCACUGUGUGAACGAGGAUACGUAUAUAUCAGAAGGUUUAGUCCACCGGUGUGACUGUGACCACAGCGACCUCUACGAAAAAAUGAGAUGCAUAAACAGUGAAGCGUCUGCAAUUUUGGCGAGGCGAGGCGCCAGCAGGAACCACGCUUCAAGGGAGCUCUUUCGCAGAUCUAUUCUAGGUCUAGAUGCGUGUACGUCUGGAGGCGCAUGGACCCCAAAUAGGCGGUUUAUCUGCAGUCGAUCAGCUUCUCGAUUAGAAAAAAUGUUGUUCGCGAAGUCACAUGAGUGGUUCCGCGUAGCCGACGACAAAAAAAGUGGUAGAAGAACAGGCCUUUCCAUACGGUCUUUCUCUUAAAUGAAGAUACUGGACCGACUUGCAGAAGCUAUCUUUCUCUCUGUUUCUUUUGUUUUAAUUGCAAAUACGCUGGGAUGAAACAGCCACACGAAUUUUUGUAUACAACAUACAGUGACGAUUGGCGUGUCUGACUUCGCGCAGAAGGAAUUGGGCAAGAUAGUCUACGUGGAUAUGCCGGAACCGGGACAUCACGUUCCGGCUAGCGACUCGGUAGCAGCGAUUGAGUUAUGGAACAAUAUUACAACUUAAGCUUAUUACUGCGUGCGUUGCUUCUUCUACAUCCUAGACUUCAGAGAGGACUGCAACAAAGAGUAGAUAGUAGACAACAUUUACAUUAGAAGCUUUAUUUUUUUAGCUUUAAAAGAGUGCGGGGAUGGCAAAGCGGUAGGAGAGGUCUACACACCCGCAGACUGUGACGUGGAAGAGGUGAACGAACAACUGACGGAAGAGCCAGGAAUUAUUAACGCGGAUUGCUAUGGCAACGGAUGGAUUGUCAAGGUUCAUCAGGAAAGAAUUUUCUUCACUUUUUUUUUCCGAAGUUGUUUGUUUCUAAAGCACGCUAUUCUCUGUGCUUGCAACGAACUAAGAGAGCUCAUUCGUUACUGAGCCAUCGCUUUAUGGGUCUGCUUCCGAUACGACUUUUAGAUCUCAUCUCUUUUCUCUCAAUACGAAUGAAUGUUUAAUAAGUAUUUCUCCAUCUUUCUAUCAAAGAGAGUAUUAAUAUCCAUUGUGGUUCUCCUUAUCAGGCCAAGUUCGCCGACGAGUUUGACGGAGCGGACUUGAUGGAUGAGGCGGCGUACUUGAAAUACCUCGAAACAUGUGAAUCGCAUCAUUAG